AUGAAACUAAGUAUAAGGCUUGUGUAUUUAUUUAUCACACUCCAAUUGCUUGUAUAUGUGAAGGCAAAGAAUAUCGCCGAAUCAUUGGAUAUAAGUCAGGAAGAGCUAACGAAAAGGUGCGAUAAAUUAUUUGAACUUAUUGACAAAAAUAAAGACGGUAUAUUAGAUCACAAUGAAGUUGUCGAUCAUUACGAUAAAAUUAAUUUAAUAUUGACUGAAAAGCAGAUCCACUCCGAAUUGGUUCAAAUUGACAUAAAUGGUGAUGGUGUAGUUUCCUUUGAUGAACUACACAACACACUCGUAAAUUCUUCCCCUGAAAUUAAUGGUAGUAAGUAUGUAGAUAGUUUGAAGAAAAGAUUUAAAGCAGCGGAUAAGGAUGAAAGCGGCACGCUGGACUCCGCCGAGUUAUCUUUACUAAUCAAUCCCGGAAAGGAUGAAGUUUUGAUGGAAAUCGAUGUGCAGGAAGUCUUCGAGAAUCAUGACAUUGAUAAGGAUGGCAAGAUUACUUUGGAAGAAUUUAAAGAAACCUCUGGUCAAGACUUCGCCAGUUCUGAAAGUGAAUUCUCUUUUUUUGACACUGAUGGUAACGGAUAUUUGGAUGAAAAUGAAAUUAGGCAAAUAUAUGACAAUGAAGCUGCUGAUUCCAUUGAAAACUUAGAAGAAUUUUUUAGUAUUUUUGGUGAGAAGAGCAUCACCAAAAAAUUGUGGGAUGAAAAUAUGGAUGAUGUGGCAAUUAGUCCCAUCACUGAUUUUGGUGAAGUGAUAAGGCAUCCACAGGAUUACCGCUUAGAUAUCGGCGAAAAUAAGAAUGAGAAUGAUGUCGAUACAGAAAUUAAGGCAGAACUCUAG